AGGAUCUUAAAAGGAUCCAGGACAGGGGCUGCUGAAGCACAGCUUUGGAGGAGCAAUUGUUCCUUUUGGGAGGGCAGUUCAGCUAUUAAUGAUUAUUUCUGUUACCUAGCACAGAAGUAUAUAAAAAUAAGUAGCAAAAAUGCCGCAGAAUGUAACUUUGCAAGGUCCGGCUCCUUGGGGAUUCAGACUGACUGGUGGAAAGGAUUUUAAUCAGCCAUUGACCAUAUCAAGGAUUACUCCAGGAAGCAAGGCAUCACUAGCCAACCUUUGCCCUGGUGACAUCAUUCUUUCCAUUGAUGGUGUAACAACAGAAAGCAUGACUCAUUGCGAAGCUCAGAAUAUAAUCAAGGAUUCCACAAAACAACUGAAUCUGAAGAUCGAGAGACCAGAAACCAAGCUUUGGUCUCCUCAAGUCACAGAAGGUGGUAAGGCCAAUCCUUUUAAAAUCAAUUUGGAAGCUGAACAGCAGGAGUUUAAACCAAUCGGUGCUGCUCAUAAUAGGAGAGCCCAGCCAUUUGUAGCCGCAGCCAGCAUUGACGAUAAAAGGCAGGUAGUGAGUUCAGCCUACAACACUCCUAUAGGCCUGUACUCUGCCGGCAACAUCCAGGACGCCCUCCAUGGACAGAUACGCGGCCUCAUUCAAGACAAACCAGAAGGUGUUGAACCAGAGCCAUCGAUCGAGCAGUCACACGUGUACAAAAUGCUUCAGGAGAAUCAGGACCAAUACCAUAUGCCUAGGCAGUCUGGCUCCUUCAGAGCACUGCAGGAUUACAUGGAGGACGAACCUGGUUCUCAUCCCACUGGCACUAGAAGUGUGAGAGCACCCAUCACAAAGGUUGGUGGACCUACCGGAAGUGUUCAGAAACUGCCAUUGUGCGACAAAUGUGGCAAUGGGAUUGUCGGGACCAUUGUGAAGGCCCGUGAUAAGUUUCGCCACCCUGAAUGCUUUGUGUGCUCUGACUGUAAUAUGAAUCUGAAGCAGAAGGGCUACUUCUUCGUGGAGGGACAGCUGUACUGUGAGACCCACGCCAGGUCUAGGAUGAGGCCUCCAGAGGGAUAUGAUGCAGUCACUGUUUUCCCUACAGCCUAAACAUCUUGCUUAUUUGAAGUACCCUGCAGAAAUAGCUUCACUCCGUGUCUUGUGAAUCCAUUGAGAUUAACAUUAGUAGGAAUGUGUACCAUGGUGCAUUACACUACAUCAACAGUGUUACAUUUUGGUUCAAUGCAGAACAUGCAAAAGAAUAGUCCACUUACAGUUAGUAAUUGCUGCAGAAUACAUGAGUCACCUAAAAGUCAAUCUUGUUCGUUGUACAUACGUGUAUGUAUUUCACAGUCUGCUACAUAAUUAUCUGGAAAAGCAAGGAAACUCUAGCCAGCACAUAUUUUGUAGCUUAUAACAAGGGCAUCUGAUUUUCUUUCCCCUGAAUGCUUUGUUCUGCAUUUGGGUUAAACCCAAAACCUGCCCAAAUAGGCACAUACUGUAUAUGAAUAUACGCAUGUGCAGCUGUCUGUGAUUCAAAAGCAACAGAUCAGAACUGGCGCCGAUGACGGUAAACUGAUUUACCUAUUAGAAAAAUGUGGCUUCUUAG